AUGAAGUUUCUUCCUAUCCUUGCAUUAAUACCCUUUUUUUGGAGCCUAGUAUGGGCUGAAAAAGCUCUCCCCAAUUCAGAAGUGUUCUUCGUGGAUUCUGUCGAGUCUGGACUCGAGCCCAUGAGUCCAAACUUCUCCAGGUUGUACGACAUUAUAUCAGAGUACAGUCCACCUUUCGAUAUUGAGUCAUUGGGUUUCCUGAAGAGGGAGGUGAAUCAGGCUACCGCAGACAGGUUGGCCCAGUUGAUCGUCGCCGUCAAUCAGUCAGGAGUCGUGGGGAAUGUUUUGCAUGAGGUUGCUCUGUCCACCGAGCAGUUGGAUAAGAUCUCGAACAGCAUUUAUUCCUUGCUUACCAAAUUCAUGACCUCAGGCUCUUCAUCCAACUCCUCAAUUGCCAUCAACAUUACUGAAACGAUGCACAUCGUCAUGAACUCUGGCUUGAUCCAAUCUACAGCCCACAACUUGCUCAAAGAUGAUACUCAGCUCAGAAUGUUUGCUGAUAGUGUAGGAGAAAUCAUGGUCAACUACACAUGGGUACCUGAACUAGUGAAAUACUUGGGUGAGAAAGGAAAAAUUUCUUUUGACACUAUUUUUGAACUUGCCAGAAAUUCAAAAUCCAAGGACCCCGGCUUCCAGGGUGCAAACUAUGUUAAGCGGUCGUUGGGGAAGCGUGCUGACAACUCGUCUUCAUCGUCCGGAGCGUUCAGUGGCUCAUUGCUGGCAUUCAUUAACAACCUCUUGGGUAGUGCGUUAUCUUCGGAGCUCGCGUCAACUUCUUUGGAGACCAUCUUGGCUGCUGUUAACCAGAGUAACGUUGUGGUUCCAACAAUCCAGGCAGCUGCAGGCGAUCCAGUUCUUCUUAAAGCUGUUGGUCACAUUGCCAAUAAUCUCUAUAACUAUGGUGUUUUCGACUACAUUGACAUCAACAGUUACUACCAGAAGAUGAGAAAGGAUGGUACUUUAACCAGAGGAGCACAGCAAGUGUUUACGGAUCCUGUGUGGUCUCCUCCUAUUGGCAAAAUUCUCGAGCAGUUGGAGAAUACGGGUGUUUUCGCUCAGAUUCAGCGAAAUCUUUACGGCUCCACAUAA